GAUUGGGACCGGGAUUCGGACCGGGAUCCCCACCAGGAUCUGGACCGGGAUUCCCAGGAUUUGCCCGUGGAGCGGCACCGGGGCUCGCACGGGGAUUGGGACCGGGAUUGGGACCGGGAUUCCCGUCAGGAUUUCCAUGAGCAUUCCCAGCCCAUCCGGCACCGGGAUUUGCACCGGGAUUUGCCCGAGGAUUCCCGGGAGGAUUUGCCCCCGGGAGGGCACCGGGAUUUGCACCGGGAUUUGCACCGGGAUUUGCGGCCAGAGCGGGGCUCGCACGAGGAUUCCCACCGGGAAUGGCAGCAGGAUUUGCACCGGGACCGGGAUCCCGGCUGGCGCGGGGAUUCCCGGGAAGCUUCGCACCGGGAUUCGCACCGGGACUCGGACAGGGAUGGGGGCUUGGGAGCGCCCCGGCACCGGGGCUGGCACCGGGAUUCCCUCCGGGAUUCCCUCCGGGACCCCGCCCCCGCCGGUGACACCUCCCCCGUGCCCCCCUAUGGGGACGAGGACCCCGAUCCUUACGGGGACCCCUACGAGGACCCCGAGCCGCAGCUCUGGGACCCCGACACCUACGGGGACCCCUAUGGGGGUCCGGCCCCCCCCUACAGGGCCGAGGACCCCCGGGAGGGGCCGUGGGACCCCGAAACGGAGCCCUGGGACCCCGACAUUUAUGGGGACCCCUAUGGGGACCCCUACGAGGAUGAGGAGCCUGAAGAGGAGCCCUGGGACCCCGCCCCACCCCCCUCGGACCCCUACAGGGACCCCGAGCCCGGAAGCCUCCGGAGGGGCCGGGACCCCCAAACCCGACCUUGGGACCCCUAUGGGGACCCCCAGAGUGUUCCCGGGGACCCCCAAACCCAGCCCUGGGACCCCCAGAGUGUGCCCGGGGACCCCCAAACCCGGCCCUGGAACCCCUAUGGGGACCCCCAGAGUGUUCCCGGGGACCCCCAAACCCGACCUUGGGACCCCUAUGGGGACCCCCAGAGUGUUCCCGGGGACCCCCAGACCCGGCCCUGGGACCCCCAGA